UCGACAUGAUUCUAGAUUUCGAGAAGUUAGUUUUAAUCAAUUUUUAUUCGACUAUUUGGAUUCUAGUUACUAUUCAACAACGUAAAUUGAUAGUUUCUGAUUUUCAUUUGUUUAUAAUGACUAAUGUAUAUUCAUUUUUACAUUAUAGAAUAUUUGAUCGAUUUGUGUUCUAGAUGGCUUCGCAAACAAUUGGUGGGCGCUCGUUUGGGAGAUCGAUCAAUUAUCGAUCUGUUGGUUCACAGGAACCUGUUUCCCCUGCUCGCUCUCCUACGCAUGUUGCGAAUUCCCAGUUCGUACAUCUUUACCCAUGCUCCAUCAUUCUCGAACGAAUGGAUCUAAAUGGAAGCAAACCACGAAGACUCUUCUUUCAUCGCUGUGAUGAAGAAAACACAUCAAAGACACGACGGAACUUACGUUGAUGAGCGAGCUCGAUUGGUUGUAGAAACCUAUGAGAAGCAUGUAGAAGAACGCUUAGGACAACUUGAAUCUUCUGGUCUUGAGAAUGCAACACAUGAGAAUCUUGACCAACGUGAGAAAAAUGAAAUGUAUAUCAAGGCUGCUGGAACAUCUAAACAAGGGCAUGUUUUUGGGUUUGGAGCACUGCACAGUAAGAUUUUACCAUCUUUUGAUGCUCCAUUGAAUGAAUCACAUGCUUUUGAAGAAGUGGAAAUAAUAACACAAAGAUUGCACAUGGUCACCAAUACCAAACAAGAAUAACGGUCCUUCCAGGUGCAACGUAAGCAACAACCUCCACCAUUUGCCAGUUCUUGAUUCACAAGUGUAUAUCCCUAUCUCUUAAGCUAAAAGAGUCAACUAUCAACUACACGUCACAAGAUUCCCAGUCCCAAAGUUGUUGCAGAUUUUCUCCGAGUACUUCAUCAAUUAAGAAAUGAGCGACAUGUUUUAAAGUUUCUGAUCACAAUACCCUUGGAUACCAGAAACCUACCAGCCAUGUCGUGAGUUUUUAAGUCACAAAAUUUCCAAUAAAAAUAUAUACACUUUUAAGUUUUGUUAGCGAGAGAUUUUCUUAUUUUGUCUCCUCUUGUAUUUCCAUUCUUCCUGAUAUGCUUUAUGUAAACAUACCUCUUUGCUCAUGAGAUCAUGAUUUGCUUCCCAAACUAAUUGCUCCUCCUCUUUCCAUUUUCAUUUCAGUAUCAAUUGAGCACCUAGCAAAAAAAAAUGGAUGAUUUCGCCUUUUUUUUAAACGGAAUAUUUCUGAUUUCUUUGAAGUUCCUAUUUUUCAUGUAUUUCCUUUCUUCUCAGGUCAAUCCUGGUAUAUAUAUGUUUGUGUCUAAUACAAAUAAAACUACACAAGUAUUCUUCUUUCUUUUACUUUCAAUAGCUAUCUCUUUUUUUCUAUAAAAAAAAAUCAGUAUGAUCAUCGGUGAUUUAUAUCCUAUUGAAACUCUCGAACCCAUCCAUCCUGCUAUGAUUAUAACAAAACAACUGACAAACACUGAUUUCUUACACCGUAUGGUGUUACCGGGCGAACAAAUUGAGUCAGUUCUUGCGGUGAUGGAUGGUGUUACAGCUGAGGGUUUAAGAAACGGUAUGGAAGUGGAUGUUUAUGAUGCAACGGAGGAAGAUGAAUACAAAGUGACCAUAAAGUGUGUUAACGACGGCACCAAAUAUGUUUUUGGAAAAGGUUGGAGUGUCAUGAAGUAUUCGCUGGAUCUCUUAGAAGGCCAAGAACUGAAGCUCUACUGGCAUCGUGGUUACAAGAGAUUCAUUGUUCUCAAUUUUCAGUACACUCUUCUAAUGAUUUAAGUGUAGCGCAUAUGUGUUAUUUGCGUCUACCUCUUCGGUUUUUCUUUUGAAUUAAUAGCUCUAGUUAAUUAUGUUUCUGGAUUUCAUUCGUAUUGUUCUAGUU